AUGCAGCAUGCUAGGAUGUUCAAUCCAAGCGGUAAGAAUAGUGGAAUUCCCGCUUCAAACAAUAAUAAUAGCAUUAACACGAGGCGGCAAAUGCUAGGCAAAGCUGAUCAUAAAUCUUCACAAGAAGUAAAAUCAGGUGGAGGCUCUGGAACUAUGUCCUCAAAUCAGACUAAUCUUGUAGUGGGCCAAACUCUAAAUACCUCUAGUCAUUCAAGAUCUGGCAUAGAAAAUACAAUUGUAACUGGCAGGAGAAAGGACUUGUCAAGUAUAAGAUCGAGUAGUUCCAAUAUAACCUCGACUUCGGUACAACGUACUGUAGUUGGAGGUGGUCAUGUAGUUAAGAGGUUGAGUCAAGAGUCAUCUCCAAGAGCAAAUUUUCCAAUUGACCCUAUACCUGUCACAGUGUGGUUCCAUGAUACGCGAACCACAUCAGAAGAUGUAGUAUUAGAAUGUAGGCUGAUCCCGGGAAUCCAAGAAGGGGACAUCUGCGAGUUGACACCAUUCCAAAGAGCAGGAGAACCGAAACGAAGAAAACUCAUCUUCAAAGCGAAAGAUAAAAACAAUGAAAAUAGUCCGGAAUCUCUGGAUUCUAUGCAAGGAUCGGAAGGUAGUAAUAACAAUAAUACCAUUAAUACAGCCUUAAAUUCCAAUAUGCUGAUUCCAUCUUCUGGUUCCUCUGUCGGAGGCUCCUCAACUGUACCAACAACGCCCGUAAUAUCUCCAGCUUCGACAAAUAACUCAGGACCUGGAGGUGGAGUAAACAAUCUCAAUGCAUCAGGAAAUAUGUCUGGAUUUGGACAAGGUAUAACGGGAUCUGCAUCUGGAGGAUCCUCCAAUACCACUGGGUUGCCGCUCAAGUCGAAUUUCCAAGUAUCGCUAUUGUCAAAUCCACUUCAGUCACUCCUAGACUUACCACCUAGAAGCUUGGCACAUAUUCAAGUUGUGGAUGCUAAGACUGUCGAAGUAGACACAGUAGAAGUCUUCAUAAAGGACGUUUCGCUUUCAAGAGAUUCAAUGUGGAGCUUUUCACUGCAGUUGGUUGGUUCUUGUGUCUAUACUGACAAGAGGUUAAGUUAUUUGGAUAGUAGAUGCGGAGUUGUGAAAUGUAUAUACAAAAAUGGUAGAAGGGUCUUCUCCGGAUACAUAGGUGAAAAGACCGAUGUGAUAUUCAGAUCUGAAUCAUCCAAGUUGAUAUUCUUGGUACAACUAUCAAGAGAGAUGUGGCAUUUCGAAGAAACUGGAGAGAUUUUAUUUCACAAGUUAGUAAAUACUUUAUUUCCGAAAAUAUUUCAAAAAUGGAGGGAUAAGGGUACUCACCAUUCUAUCACUAUUGUCUUAUUUACAUCUGUUGAUUUGACCAGCGUGCCAUGGACUUCAUUUGGUCAGGGUGAAAGGCCAAGCACCAGGAGGGAUUUCUUCAGAGUAGUGGUUGACCAAGUAAACAUUUUCCAUUGGGACAGGAUCAUGGCUAAUUUAAGAUUAGAGUUUGCCAAUUUUAAGAGAGACAUAAUGCUCAAGACUUCCAAUGGUAAAUUUUUGAUGGAAGGAGACUCAUUACCAUCAGUCAAGGGGAAUUUAUUAGAAGCUAUUAAUUUGGGUAUUACUAUUGUUACUGAUAGAUUCAAGAACACAGAUUUGAAACACUCUUUAAAUUCUUUUGUUGUUGUUACACCAGGUACUGGACUAUUUGACGUAGAUUACAACUUGAUGGCCGAGACGAGUCGGAAAAUGCUUAGCCUUGACGCGGGGCUAGAUAUAGUCUGUUUGAGUCAACCUCCACUACAUAUAGUUCCAUUGUUUAGAUACAAGGAUCCGAACAAGGGAGGGGAAGUUUCACACUGUGUUCCAAAUUGGUGCGAUAUCUCAUUCUUUAAAGACCUGGCCCUCAAAACCAGUCAAUGGAUUCCCCGUUGUAAAAUUUAUGAAUUACAAAUGAUGGGGGUAAUGGAAAAUGAAGUAAAUGAUUUGGAAAUUGAGAGAUUUCAAGCUAUAAAGGGUGCAAAAAGCGUAUUAGAAGCAAUGGAUGUUUACGAUAAGGAUGUAUUUGCACCAGUUGUCAAACCAAAGGAAUCUGUUCACACUGAAAUUCCUGUAGCUCAUGCCCAUCAACUUUCGAACCUAAGCCAAUUAAUUUCUUCAAAAGAUAUAAAAGAGAAAGAAUUAACUAACCCAAAAAACAACAAACAUAAACUGAAUGAGAAAAAAAAGGAAGCUACUGAAGAUCUUAAAGUGAAGUCGAAAAAGUCCUCUUCGUCGUUAAUUCCUUCAUUUGAUUUUUCUUCGAUAUCUUUAAUGUGGAAAGGAACUACGAAUAAUAGAAGCACAUCAGCAGCAAAUAGCGUCGAUGUAUCUACCACCGCGAUGGGAACCGUGACAAAUACUGGAAGCGAUUCUGCGGCCUUGAGCACAUUGUACUCACUAAAGAAUCAAGAUACGGAUAUAAGUGUCUUACCACCUUCACUGCAAAUGUUGAACUCUUUUCUUUCACCAGUAGUGACUAAUAGUAGUGGUACAUCUACACCAAAAUCUAAAAGAUCUUUCACACCAAUACCAAUUGCUAAAAGCUCAAGAGACUAUUUAACUCAACCUAGAUUGAUUCCUAAAGAUGAAAUUUUUGGCUCAGGUGAACUACUUGGAACGAGUCCAAAGAAGGAAGCACUUGAUCAAGCAAUGAGAAAAAUAUCUAACCCAGAUAGUAAAACCUUCAAACCUGAAGCAAAAGACAAAGUGGCUGACCUUCCAAGUGAUUUAUUGUGGACAGUUGUUGCAAAUCCCUCGAAAGAAAUGCACUCCGAUAUUCUAGCUUUCUUGAGGUUGUCUAGAUGGAAUGGAGUAUUCCCACCAAACAUCAAAAGAAGAUCGGUAAAAUGGAGAUCUUUUCAAUCACCUGCUGCAUUACCGAUCGUGACCACUGUUUUCCCCUCAUCAAGGGAGUUGAAUUCUAAUUACACCUUCCAAAUAUACGAUGUCUUAUUGAGUUCAGAUAAUGAAUUGCAUUUGGAGACAAAUAUGGAAUUAUUUAGAGAGAUGGUUCAGUUAAGAUUGCUAUUGGGAUUCCAAAUCUGCUGGGGAGAUAAAGUGAAAGAGGUUGAGGGAGAUAGAAAAAAUGGAGGGAACCCCGAGUAUUUGAUUAAACAUUUGAACUCUAAUGGACUGGUACCAUUUGGGUCGCUUAUAUACUUGAGUUAUGAUGAUGAGCUUCAUCGAAUCAAUAUUGACUUCAAUGGAAACUUAAACGUGCAACUAUAUCGCCGGAUUGAAUCCAUUGUUCCUACAAAACCUGCUUCAUCUUUAGGCUCCGGUAAUUACCAAACUAAACCGUAUGAUCCUUUGAUUAGAACAAGAUACGCAGAUGAGUAUUCCUUUUCUAAAAUUGAUGCUAUUAAGCGGACUCCUCAAAAAUAUAAUUGGAAUCAGUUUGACCAACUCUUAGCUGGAUUUGAGGAGGCUAUGCCAGAGGACCAAAGGUCAUUCCAUAAAAUGAAAUUUGUUGUGAUGCCUUCGGAAAUCUCCAAAAAUGCCGUUUAUAUUUCUAAUGAGAAGCUCUCAGAUGAAGAAAUUAGAUUAGAAGGAUUAAGAAAGUUGAUUGCAAUAAUUGAAAAAGGGAAAUACAGGAAAGGUGCCUCACUACUGGUUGGACGGAAAUUGGCAAGGAAAAAAGAGGAGAUUUUGCCUGAAAUCAACUUUUAUACUGGAAACUUGUAUGACUUCUUGGUUGAACAGGAGGAUGGUAACGAUUUCCUUAAUGGGUCUCAUAAUUCUGGGAGUAACGAAGGAAGUAGUAGGUUCAGUCGUAAUGAUUUUACAUUAAACCAAUUGGCACAAGAAUUGCAAGGGCAAAAUGGUUUAAAUCUUGUAGACAGAACAUGGCAUUUUAAGGUUCACCCUCAUUGUUUUCUUGGUAACGAACUUGUCUCAUGGUUAAUUGAAAACUUUCAGGAGAUAGAUAGUAGGGAAGAAGGAACUGAAUUCGGACAAGAAUUAAAGGUUAUGGGUUUGUUUAAGCACGUUGAGAGCAGACAUGGAUUGUUAGAUGGGCAUUACUUUUAUGAAUUUGAGGACGAUUAUAUAGACAAAGCAUACAAGAGUACGAGGAGUGGUGGGUGGUUCAAUAGGAGUAGAAGUUCUAUUACUACCUUGGAGAACAACGUCAAUAACAAUGAUAAUGGAUCAAUUAAGAGUCCAGUUGUUGAACAAAGCUCUAGGUUUGGAGGUGAAUUAGAAAAGUCAACAUCGGUAGAUAAUGCUAACACUGAAAAAAAGUCAUUCCAUUUAUCCUCUUCUGUCCAAUUUAAUGUGGACCCAUUGAAGAAAUCCUUUAAACCGGAAAUAGUUACUGUACAUUACGAUAAAGUCCACAAUCCGGAGCAUUGCUACCACAUUAGAUUACAAUGGUUAAAUACGACAGCGAAGUUUAUCGAUGAGACUAUAACCAACUGGUCUAGAUUCUGCGAUAGGUACGGUCUAAAACUUGUUGAGACUCCUUGGGAUGAACUUUGUACCAUUCCAGAGGCUAACCCAUUCCAUCUGUUUGUUGAUAUCAGAUUGGAAUUAGACCCGUGGACUGACCCGGAAUUUAGUGGAAGUAGUAUUUUGAAGGAAAACAAGUUUUAUUUCCAUUUAUAUUUGUUGAGCAGAUCAGGAUUCUUGCUAGACAAUAGACUGCCAAAUUUCCUCAGAAAAGAUGACAUUGAUAUCACUUAUAGUUGGGGGAAACCGGUAUUUAAAUAUGCACAGUACAUUCAUGGUACUGGUACUUAUAUUGUUGAAUUAAGAGACAAUGGGGACUUGUUUUUGGCUCCCAACAAUGUUCAUCUAACUAGACAGAGGGCGACAUCUGGUACUACUCCAGAUAAAGACGCAAAUCUGAAGUUGAACACACAUGAUGCUCAAAAAGUGAUGCUUGAUUUCAGAAGAACCUGUACAGAUAAGAAUAUCUUGAGAGGGAUAUUUAGCCAAGCUUUGCAAGAUUGGACUGUCAGGAGCUCUCUUUAA